AUGCAAACGACCAAACGAAAGGCCCUGCCAUAUAUCAUUGGCCUCCACCUUGCCUUUCUUCUGUUUGAAGCAGACUUUUACUGUCUUGCCAUAUGGCAGAGCCACGAGCUACAUAAUCAACCGGUAUAUUCCUUUGGACAAGCCGAGUAUUUGUCUGUCAUGUGCUGGAGUGGAAUAUGCUUAGUGUUUGUUUGUUUGGAAGCGAUCGAUUGGGUGAUGCACUUCGAUCGAAAUGGUUCUGUGAAAUACAAAUUCUACAAAGCGUUUUAUUAUGAAGACCAAUCUUACUUGAAAGAGACAGAAAAACGGAAGCUUGUUCAGAAGAUGCGAUGCUUGUCAACGAAAAAAUGGACAAAGGUCCUCGAAGCUUUCGUUAAAACAUACAAGCCCCCAAGCCGGGACGACAAGAAAAUGGCUGUUGGCGAAAUAGCAGCAUCCCUUGCAGAUUAUCUUUCGGACCUGGAUAUUACGAAAUCGGAUACAAUAAUGGGUCUCUUCAUCCUACACUGGCAGACAAUGCAAUGGAUUGGAGGGAACUCGGUUGUUAACGCAAAUUAUGUCCUUCAGCAGACUGAUCCGGUCAGUACGGAUAUUGCAGAUAAGAUGCCUAACUACGAAACCUACGCUCCCAAGGACAUUCUCGAUAAACAAUGGCUGCAUAUUUCCCGUCUUCGUCAAUAUGCUCAUUUCAUCAAUGCGUCCUACGGGUGGAUUUACUAUUCUGCUGUAAACAUGUGCAACUGUACCGCAGCCAGUCGCCUGUAUGAAAAACUCUCGUGCCGUAAUAAGGCAGUACCCGAACGUCAGCGUGAUUUUGAACAGGGCAUUCGAGGACCUGGUUGCUGUCUGUGUGCUGGAAGGAACGCGUACCUCGCAGCCUUCCUAGAAAUGUCCGGAUUGCAUGUCGAGUCCGUCCUCCUAUUUGAAUUUUCAGAAUCAUUUUACGAUGCGACGGUCAUGCUUGUCAUCGAUGAUCUCACAAAGGCCAUCGUGCUAAUUGUGCGGGGAACUCUCAACACCAAUGAAACCCUCGUGGACAUGCUCGCACUCGCUGAACCUCUGCGUCCGGAGGAUCAGGAAUUACCACCGGAGGAGCGCUUUAUAGCACACGGCGGAAUGGUUAAAGUCGCGAGAAAUCUCUGUGAGAAGAUGCUGAAGGCCUAUGCAUUUGAACCACCUGGUGCGCUAAUGAAUGAGCGCCUCUCUGAGUACACGAAAGAUUUCCUUGUGUCAACAAUUUUUGGCUGUGACGUUAUCGGACGUUUGGGAGUCGCAACACUGGAGGACUUGCGUGCGCGCCUCAUGCAUGCCCUGGUUGUCUGUAAUAUUUCCAAACCGCGACUCAUGUUUGGACAUUUUGUCCGACUUAUUUGUGGCUUCCUCUCCCCCUGCUGCCAGCGCUCUGACAUAGCCGACAUCGACAGAUUACUGAGUCCGGAGGCCAAAGCUAAGUUACUUGACCCUGACCUGGAUGAUGUCUACAACUCGCCUAUUGGAGGCAGCCUGAAGGACAACAAGGCCGAGGUUCUCUUCGGAGUGUCACACGUUGACAGACUUCGGUCCACAGACCGAUCCCUUAUGAACUGGAAGAAACCAGAAGCUCGCAAACUUCUUCGUCUCUCUCGGCCAGUCUCUAGGAGGGUCUGGUUGGACCCAGAAGAAGCCCUCACGAUUGACAAGCUCCUCUCGUCUUUACCGGAUGGCCGCUGUGGAGCCAGAGUGCUGCAUGUGCUGAAUGUCGACAGAGACUUUGAGAUCCCAGGAGUGCCGCAGUUUAAAAAGUAA